CCCAUAUCACGGCAUAACGUUAAGCCUCGCCGAGAUAAACAAACUUUCCCAAACCCACCUUGCACCCUGCCUUACAAAUACCAAUAUCGUUUCUCUCUCUCUUCCCCUGGGGGUUUUCGCAGCGGCCAUGCUUCGGCACCCUGCUUCUCGGAGCCCACGAUGUCUGAGCUCAUCAGCCCGGCCUGCGCUCCGCUCUCCGAUCCUUCCGCGGUCCACCACCAACCCACACUCGCUCCUCCCACCACGCUCCCUCAUCCCCCACCGCUCCGCCCACUCCUCCCAAUUUCAGCCCUUCGUUCCCCCCUCCCCCGCCUCCCUCGGCCGCGCCCGCCCCGCAAAACACUAUCCCCGCACCUCCCGCUGGGUCCGCCGCCUGCUCUGCACCUCCGCAGCCCUCGGCACCCUCUACCUCGUCGACGUCAACCUGUACGCCUCCUCGCUCACCCGGUCCCUCCGCACAUUCAGCCUCGGCCUUCUCGUGGCAAUAGACUAUAAACUCAAUUUCCGCGCCUCGCCCCUCUUUGGCGGCACAAUCGCAGACCUACACCGUCGCAGCGCAGAGCGGCUCUUCGACCUUCUCCGCUCCAAUGGCGGGCUGUACCUCAAGAUUGGCCAGGCAAUCGCUAUGCAGAGCGCCAUUAUGCCGCCGGAGUUCCAGAAGAUGUUUGCGCGCAUGUUCGACGACGCGCCGCAGAAUGAUUGGGAGGAUGUGAAGCGUGUGAUCCGUGAGGAUUUUGGGAAGAGCCCCGAGGAGGUGUUUGGUGUUAGCUUCAGAGGCGAGGAGGGCAAGGGCGUUAUGGAGAAGGUAGCGCGUGCGUCUGCGUCCGUGGCGCAGGUACAUUGGGCUAGGUUGCCAGAUGGACGUGAGGUAGCCAUCAAAGUCCAGAAGCGUGAGAUUGCACAGCAAGUCGGCUGGGACUUAUGGGCAUUCAAGGUCAUGAUGAAAACCUACACCUACUGGUUCGACCUCCCCAUGUACUCCCUCGUCCCCUACAUCUCCUCCCGCCUCCUCCUCGAAUGCGACUUCCAAGUCGAAGCCGCCAACGCCCAACAAAUGACCGCCCUCAUCGCCGCCGAGCCCCGCCUCCGCAACCGCGUCUACAUCCCCACCGUCUACCCGGAACUAUCCUCCAAACGCGUCAUGACAGCCGAAUGGAUCGAAGGCGUCCGACUCUGGGACAAACCCGCCAUAACCUCCCCCUGGCGCGGCCCCUCCACCGGCUCCCCCGGCGUCACCACUCCCCUAUCCUCCUCCCCCACAACCACCCCACCCAAUUCCAACUCCCCCCCCCGCUCCUCCUCCUCGCCAAUCCCCUCCCUAAAACCCGACCGCACAACCCAGCUUCUGGGACCCCGCUCCACCUCCGGCCUCGGCCUCUCCCUCAAAGAAGUAAUGACCAUAAUGCUCGACCUCUUCUCCGCCCAAACCUUCCUCUGGGGCCUCAUCCACUGCGACCCGCACCCCGGCAACAUCCUCCUCCGCCGCCUGCCCUCGGGGAACGCACAGCUCGUCCUCCUCGAUCACGGCCUGUACGUCGCGCUCGAGCCGGGGUUUAGGCUGCAGUAUGCGAAGUUCUGGCGCGCGUUGCUGGCGUUCGAUAAUGAUACCCUUAAAGAGAUUACGGCUGAAUGGGGCGUGAAGCAACCGGAUCUUUUUGCGUCCGCUACGCUUAUGAAGCCAUACACAGGUGGUGAUCAGUCCACCGCUCGCGCGCUGACGAAAUCCCUCGAGGGCGCUACGCCAGGGGAACGGCACUACGCGGCGCAAAACCGGAUGCGCGCCGGCAUCCGCGCGGUGCUCUCCGACGAGACGAAAUGGCCGCGCGAACUCGUCUUCCUAGCCAGAAACAUGCGCAUCGUGCAGGGGAACAACCAGUUCCUCGGUUCUCCAGUCAAUCGCGUACGGAUUAUGGGGAUGUGGGCCAGUGAGGCGGUUGCGGAGGAGGGGGAGGGCGGGGGUGGUGGGGGCAUCUGA